AUGGGCAGGCGCGCUGGGGGCAGCGACGGCGUGCGGCUGGCGCUGGGGGCGGAAGACGGCGAUGCGCUGGCGGACAGGGGCGCCCUGCUGAAGGCGCUCCUGUGCGCUGCGCUGUACCCGCAGGUGGUUGUCGUCGAGCAGGCGGAGCCCGCGGCUCUCGGCGGCAAGGCCGGCAAGAGCGGGAAGGCCGGCAAGAUGGGCGGCGGAGGCGCGCCGAAGUUUACCAUCCGAGAGGACGACAAGGCUCAGCCGGUCACGGUCAUGCUGCAUCCGUCUUCGGUGAACGCUAGGGAGACAAAGUUCGAGUCGAAGUACCUGGUGUAUGCCGAGAAGGUGCGCACGACGCAGGUGUACGUCCGGGACUGCGCGCCCGUGUCGGCCUACGCGUUGAUGCUCUUCGGCGGCGCACUCAGCUCUGAUCGGCGACGGCGCAACAGGGACGGCGGUGCUGCUUCGGCUCCUGCGGGGUACCAGGCUUACGAGAAAGAUGGCAAUGCUCCUGCGAAGGUGGGUGGUCGGGCCGUCUCGGGGCAGAAGGAGGCCUCUGGCGAGAGCAUCUUGUCGAUCGACUCAUGGAUCAAGUUCUCGGUGCCGAAGAGGAUCGAGGAGCUCGUCUUUGAAGUCCGAGACCAGCUCGAUGGUCUGCUGCAGCACAAAAUCGCGAACCCCAGGCUCGAGCUCAGCCGGACUGGCAAGGGUAUCCUUGAUGCCGUGAAGGCGCUGCUGGCGUCGACGCCGCCCAAGUGA